AGAACCGCACCUUACGCUUGCGCGGGGGAGGAAUUACGGGCCCAGGUCUCUCCCCUGGGCCUCGUAGCCUGUGGGUGUAAUGGAGGGGUGUGGCCGGGAUCGGAGAAGUGGGGAGGAAGAUAACUGGGAUCUGUAUCUAGGACUGGCGGGCACCGCAGGUGGCCCUCUGGGGUAGUUUUAUAGUGAGGCCCAACGUGAGUAGGAGAAAGAAUAGAAACCUUCUCUUUUGGGACAUGUCCGUUGUUUUCUUUGUGCCAGCUAUCCAGCAGAAGUCAUUAACCUUUUAUUUUAAUAUUAAUUUUUUGGUGUCAUGGAUCCCUUUGACGGCCUGGUAACAUCUGUGAACUCUUCUCCUAUGUUGUUUUUACGUUUAUUGACUUCUCUGCUUAUUGAUAUGUUAAUUAUGUUUAGAUAUUAUUUUUAAUAUUUUUUUCAAAAUUUGAGCUCCCAAAUCUCUUCUUUCUUUAUCCGUUGAGAAGGCAAGCAAGAUAUCAGUUCCACAUGUGGAGUCAUGCAAAACAUUUACGUAUUACUCAUGUUGCCAAGAAAAGGAAAAUAAGUAAGGGAUCAGAUGUCAUGCUUAAUCCAAAACCUUCAGAGCAUCCUGCCAUGUGUGAAAGACAUUGUGCAAAGUCAUCCUCAAAACUUUCUAUGCACAUUGAAGGUAUGCCCUCUGAGAUUCUACUGAAGAUAUUUUCUUACUUGGAUGCUGUUACCCUUUUAUGUAUCGGCUGUGUGAACAAGCGCUUCUAUUCUUUGGCCAAUGACAAUUUUAUUUGGUUCAGAAUCUACUCCGCUUCUUUUUCACCUAAGAGGUCAAACUGGGAAAUGAAUUCAGUAGAGAAGACAGCUGUAUCUUUGAGCCAUACAUCACUUCAUGAUAAAGAAACUGGAUAUUGGAAGAAAAAAUAUAUUGUGAAACAAAUAGCAGCUGGAAAAACAGCUGUAACUCAGCUUCUAAAACCUGUAAAUCCAUAUACAGGUCUGCCAGUGAAAACCAAAGAAGCCCUGAGAGUAUCUGGAUUGAGUUGGGUGAUUGUGUUGAAGGAGAAAAAUGGGAAAGAAUACAUCAUGGAGCAAGCUGAGUUUUCUGUGAAUGACACAUCUGUCACAGUUGUUUGGCAUGGGAAUAAUUGGCCACGUAUAGACAAGCUGGCAACAUUAGAUUUAUGUGGUGUGACACCAGUGUUUUUGGACCGCUAUAAGGUCCCCACCAAAAAUGGACCUCGAAGGCGUUCCCUAGUUGCUGAGUACAAUCUGACUAACCUAACUAAAUCCACUUCGAUUGGCUCUGACAGACUUAUUCGGACCUUCUGCUUAAACCCAGGGCUUCUAGUUGGUCUAUGGAAGAAAGAGAAAGAAAUGGCUUUUGUUAUGGCGAACCUUCAUUUUCAUCUACUGGUGGAGAGAAGCACUUUAGGCUCAGCCACUGUCCCUUAUAUGCUGCCGCCUCACAUUCCUUUUCUGGAUGACAUUGACCAACAAUAUGGACUACAUGGUUAUCAACUCCAUGUUGACAUGCACAGUGGUGGAAGUUCCUACCUUUGUGGUACCUUUCGUAAUCUCUUCAGCAGGAAAGAUUUCAUUAAAAAUGGAUACAUGAAGCUCAUCGUUAUAAGUUUUAAAAACAACGCACAGCAUUUACCUCUCAUUGGAAAAGUUGGCCUCUGUUGGAAAACAGAUGUUUUUGCUGGUUGUAUACAGAAUUGUUAUAUGAUGGAUGUUACCCUUUUGGAUGAAACAGAGAAACCAUUUUGGUGUUUCAGUUCCCCAGUUUGCAUGAGACCUGCUACCAGACCUUCUGACUUUUUUAAUUAUAGAGGACGUCACUUUUAUGUAACCUAUGUAGACUCAGUAGGAAAAGUGAAUUUGGAGCUGGUAUGGAUGGAAGAAACAGAAGAGUAUUAUGUUGUUAGCCUGGCUCUUUACCUAAGGAUAGAAAAGGUAAACAGUUGGUUUGGAACAAACUACUGAUCAUCAGUCUGGCAGGAAAUUGUUUUGUUUCUUACUAGUUUUUUUUGUUGUUGUUGGUAUUGUAUAAGUUAAAAUAAAACUUGUACCAUGAUUGCAA